AUGACGAUCAUAAUAAUUAAAUAUUUAUAAAUUAAUUUAUUAAUGCUUAUCAGAAAUGCAGUGAAGAGAAUUUUUUAAACUAUUUUCCAAAGUAGAUCAUUAUUUCUUCCAACUAAAUAAUAGGUUUAUAUUCCAACCUUAACUAUGGUACCUUAGUAUGGAUUUUUUUUUAAUGGCAAACAUGAUAAGUAUAUUUUGAUCCUAGAUUAUGAGGGAUGAAAAAUAAGCUGAAAUUGAUAAAUUGUAUGACUAAAUGGAAGAUUGUGAGAACGAGAAUUAAUAAAUGGAUAUGUUGAGAAAAAUAAUAGAAAUCAGAGAAGAAAUGGAUUAAUCAGAAAAAAAAAAAUGUGUGUCAUUGUUGUUAGACAAAAUAGAGUAUGCACGAUAUUUAAUUGAAAAUUAAUAAAUGGAAGAUAAAUUAGUUUAAGAAGUACUUUCAGAUGAUUUUUUGAAUGAUGUUCAUUACAAUAAUGUCGAUUUGUCUAAAUAUCCUAUGAAUUUUAACUAAUUUUUAUGGCACAAUUUGGCAAUUGGAGUAAUUCCUCUAAAAUAUGCUAAACAAUAUGAUGAUGUAGAGUUUAGAGAAAUUGAAUAAUGGUUAAAGUAAAAUAAUAAAAUAUUUGACAAGAUAAUAUAAAGAAUCUGUGGUGUUUAUAAAAAAUUAUCUUAAUAAUAAUUUUGAGGAGAUUGGUGAGAGUGAAGGAUACUUAACUAAAGAGUAAGGAUUAUAAUAAUAUUAUUAUAAUUUGGCAUUCUAUUAUGAAAUGAAAGCCAAAUUAUUGAUAGAAUAAGAUUAAAUAUAAUAAGGAAUUAAAUAUUAUGAAACAGCUUUGAAGGAGACAGAGAAAUUUAUGGAAAUAGUUAAAUAAUGUAAAAUUGAUAAUUUAAGUAGUAUGCAAUCAUGAAAAUCCUGAAGUUGCUAAUGAGGCAGAGAAAUAAAAGGAAAAGGGAAUUGCUAAAUUUGCUUAGAUAUUUGAAGAUUUAGGAAGUGUUUAAAUUGAAAUCUAAGAAUUUACAGCUGCAAGACCUUAUUUUGAAAAAGCAAUAGAACUGUAUUUAUAAGUUUUUGGGAAACAUUCAAUUUAAUAUGCUUAGAGUUAUUGUUAAUUGGCUUCAACUUAUUAGUUGACUGAUUUAUCAAAAUGUGAAGAAAUGUUAAAAGAUUUUCAUGAAUAUUUAGAAAGCUUCAAUUAAGAUACAAUAUAUUUAGAAGUUACUAUGAAUUAUUUUUGUAUUUUAGAAGGUUAAGAGAGAGGAACGAAAGAAUUAUUUAUUAAGAUUUAAGAAAUGAGAGAGAAAUUUGAUAUAGAAAAUGAUUUAUUAAUUGUUGAAUAUGAUAUUUAAGCUAUUAAAUUCGUGAUUAGAAAUGGUUAAUUUUAAUAGACUUUAUUUGAUUUUUUUGAAGAAUCUAUUUAAUUAUUGGAUUCAUUUGGUAAUUAAAAUAUAAAGGCUGAAAAAUUGUUACUUUUAAAUGAAUUAGCUGAUAAAUUUGUAUAACCUAAUAAUAUAAUGCAUGAAACAAUUUUGGAAUCUUUAUUGGAUGAGUUUGAUGAAGUAGGUUAUAUGUUUGAGAAUGAUUUAUUGUAAUAUAAAGUAGAUAGAUAAAAAGCAUUUCUUUAAUUUAGAAUAAGAGAAACACUUUUAAUAAGUCCAGAGGAAAGUUUAGAAAAUUUCUUUUCAUUAGUAUUAAUUUAUUAUUAUUAUUAUUAGUUUGCAAAUUGGAUUGAGAAAUAAGAAUUUCUUGAAAUGCUAUUUGAUGAUACGAAUGAAAUGAUUUAAUAAGUUUUAGAUUAAAAAAUGCUUACAGUAGCUCAUAAAUUAAUAAAGAAUAUAAUUGAUAUAAUGGAAGAAGUUCAAGAGAAUGAAAAGAAUGAAUAUAUUGAAGAAGCUUUGAAUCAUUAUAAAGAGGAAGCAUAAAAUAUAUUUGAUUAGAUUACUGGGAAAUGA